AUGACUUCUCAAUCACGUCUUUUUCAGCCUCUCAAGAUAGGCGACAUGGAGAUCCAACAUCGUAUCGGUAUGGCUCCACUUACUCGUCUCCGCGCAACACACGACCGAGUACCGACAUCAUUGAUGAAGGAGUACUACAGUCAACGGUCUGCAGUGCCCGGAACCCUGCUCAUCGCCGAAGGAACCUUCAUAUCCGCAACUUGCGGUGGUUUCCCUUAUGCACCAGGAAUUUGGCGUGAAGAUCAAGUCGCCGCUUGGAAAACCAUCACUGAUGAAGUCCACAGUCGUGGAUGCUUCAUAUUCUGUCAACUAUUCGCAAUGGGCCGUGCUGCAGAUGUCGAAUUAGCCCGUGAAGAAGGUGCUUCAAUCCUAGCACCUAGUGCCAUUCCAAUAGAUGAAGGCGCUGCAGUGCCCCAAGCUAUGACACUCGAAGAGAUCCAUCAAACGGUCCAAGAUUUUGUGAAAGCUUCAAAGAAUGCCAUUCGCGCUGGCUUUGACGGUGUUGAAAUACAUGGUGCUAAUGGAUACCUCCUGGACCAAUUCAUUCAAGAUGUCAGCAACAAUCGUCAGGACGACUAUGGAGGCAAUGUGGAAAAUAGAUCUCGUCUUCUCGAUGAAGUUAUUAAAGCUGUUGUCGACACUAUUGGUCCCAAGCGCGUCGGGCUUCGUCUAAGCCCGUGGAGUACAUUCCAAGGGAUGAGGAUGGUUGAUCCGAUCCCGCAAUUUACAGACGUCAUCAAGAAAGCAAGCCAGUCGGAUAUCACAUACCUUCAUCUCGUCGAGUCCCGGAUAUCGGGUGCUACAGAUUUCGAGGCCCAUGAUUGCUUGGAUUUUGCAUACGAGCUCUGGAAUGGUCCUCUUCUUGUCGCUGGCGGGUAUACCCCCCUGGAGGCGCGCAACCUUGUGGAUGAAAAGUAUCCGGCAAGAGACAUUUUAGUCAUAUUUGGUCGGUUUUUCAUAUCCAAUCCAGACCUCAUUUAUAGAGUGAGGGAGGGUCUGAAGCUGAGCCCAUACAACAGGGAAACUUUCUAUGUUGUUCAAUCUCCAGAGGGCUAUUUGGAUUAUCCCUCGAGCGAGGAAUAUCUGCUGGAAGGGUCCCGCUGA